AGGGAACUAGAGGCUGUGGCCAGCAUGGCCGCUGAAGGAGCCAGGCAACGCACGCCGCCUGGAGGGCGCUUCCUGGGCCAAGGAGCCGGCAAGGCCCGCUUGCCAGGACAGGGCUGUUUCCCUGCCGAAACCACCAUGCCUCAGUGCUGAGGGUGAGCCUACCUCCGUAUUUCCAAGAGAUUGGGCAAGCCGUGGACAAAGCAGGGAAGGAAAGGCCAAAGGAGGCGUGCUUUCGGGGCGGGUGGUGGCGGGGCUGGUGAAGACAGAGUGCAGCUCGGGGAGGGGAAGAAAGAAGAGGGAAAGCAAGGAAGAGAAAAGGAAGGCAAGAAGGCAAUGCAAGCAAGCAAGCAAGCAAGCACGCAGCUGGCGGGAAAGACAGUGUCCCGGGUCACACAUCCGUGUCGAGUCACGCCCAGGAAUGGGAGGGUGUGUGUGACCCUUUCCCUCUGCCUCCCGGAGAUCCUGGGUUUCCCCCAAGCGUGCAGUGGUGCUGCGCAGGUCGAUUCCUUUGCAAUGAAUUUCUUCAUUAUGGAUUGCCAACGUGGAUGACCUACAAAUGAAUAAAGUGAGGUGAAUGUGAACCUGUUUGCUGCAAACAUGUACGAAGGUGCAAGCACAAGGUCCGAGUUCCAUCCCUGGUAGAAACAAUAGCAAGGACCCCAAACUUGUACUCAUAAACACGCACUUUAAAAAGGAAAGCGAGUGCCGCAGUGUGGAUAAGGACAGCGUCCUUGGGAAAACUGUGUCUCUUCAAAGAAUUGAGGGUGUGCAAUAAUCAGAUAGCCGGGCCAGUGGUAUACCAGGCAGAAGUUGUUGGACCCGGAGCACAACUCUGAGCUUGGAAGAGAUUUUGCCGUGAGAGAGGGAAGUUAAAUGGAGGAGGCUGCUGUUAUCCCAGGGAAGAAAUUAAAGUCUGAUACAGCUGCCGCCGCCGUGCGACAACUAAACCCGCACGUCAGGGUAAUGAGCCACCAGAAUCGUGUGGGGCCUGACACGGAGCACAUGUACAUUGAGGAUUUCUUCCAAAACCUGGACGGGGUGGCCAAUGCCCUGGACAAUGUGUCUGCCCGAUUGUAUAUGGACCAGCGCUGUGUGUACUACUGUAAACCCCUGCUGGAAUCGGGCACACUGGGCACCAAAGGACACGUGCAGGUGGUUAUUCCUUUCCUCACAGAGUCUUACAGCUCUAGCCAUGACCCACCCGAGAAGUCCAUCCCGGCCUGCACACUCAGGAACUUCCCCAGCAUCAUCGAGCACACGCUGCAGGUGAUCAUCUUUGGCAGUGGGAGGCAAAAGAGGUUAGGCACCUGUAAAAUGGCACUGAGAUACCAUCUUUAAUGGCUACGAUCAAAAAAUCUAGUAACAAGUUCUCAUGAAGUCAUGGGGAACAGGGAACUCCUCUUCACUGGUGGUAAGCGAAACUCGUACAACCACAAAGGAAAUACAUGGAGAGUCCUUAAAACGCUAACAGUAGAAUUUUCUUCUCAUGUAGUUGUGCCAAUUCCAGGUAUCUUCCCCAAAGAGUUCAGCUAAUGCCAUUACACAUACACAGGAAUAGCCAUGUUUACAGCACAACAAUUUGUAACAGGGAGAUCUUGGAUACAGUACAUGUCCACAAGCAGAUGAAUGAAUGAGGACGAUAGGAUAUUUAUACACAGUGUAGCACCAUGGGGCCAUUAAGAGAAGUGCAGUUGAACUACUCGUAGACACACGGGAGCAAGUUGAGACCAGAAUGUGAAUGCAAAUACACCAGGCUUACAAGCGAACGUACCGUUUUGCUUGGCUUCUCU